AUGAAAUUUGGAGAGACGUUUACAGAAUUUUUACGCGGGGAGCGAGGGAGGUUUUUGCAGAAGUGUAGUCAUAUUGAAUAUAAAAGGCUUAAAAAAGUGCUGAAAACUUGCAGGAGAUGUAAUGCAUUGAAGGGUUCUGAUAAUAAUGGGGAAGAAGACAAUCAAUUAAGGGAAGAUGAAUUGACUCAAUCCACCCAGUUAUAUGAAUCUUGCCCAUUGUGUGAUCAGAUGUUCUUCUCUGAAUUGAAGAAAGAAGCUUCUGAUGUAGCUGGAUGCUUUAGUUCAAGAGUACGGCGGAUUAUCCAUCUACACUCUCCAAACUCAAUGCAAAAGUAUUUCAUAAGUUUGUGCCAAUGUUUCACAAGCAAUCCGCAAACCACAGCACAAGAAUGUCGACUGUUAAUUGAAUAUGUUGCAAUGAAUGCUAUUGCUCUACAAAAAAUCCUCAAGAAGUACGAUAAGGUACAUUGCUCUGCCAAUGGAAGAAUUUUCAAAUCUAAAAUUCGUACUGAACACAUAGAGCCUCUGCAAUCUCCUUGGUUAAUGGAACUUGGGGCUUUCUAUAUUAACUUUAACGAAUCAAGCCGUGGGAAUCAGGAUAUUGAUGGACCGUUCUCUUGUGAUCUUAGUGCUACAGAGCCCAUAAUGACUUUGAUGCUACCAGAUUCUGUGAAAUUAGAAUAUGAUCUGACUUGUGCCAUUUGCUUGGAUACGGUUUAUAAACCAUAUGCUUUGGGAUGUGGGCACAUCUUCUGCAAACCAUGCGCUUGCUCUGCAGCUUCGGUUAUGAUCUUCCAAGGUCUCAAGACUGCAAGUCCGGAAUCAAAAUGCCCCAUUUGCAGGGAGGUGGGAGUGUAUGCUAAUGCCCUGCACAUGAUGGAAUUAGAUUUGCUAUUAAAGAAACAUUGCAAGGAAACUUGGAAGGAGAGGCUGGCUGCUGAAAGAGAGGAGAUGGUGAAGCAAUCAAAGCUCUACUGGGACUUACAAACCAAGUUAAUGAUUGGAUAUUGA